AAAUCAUUAUGAUUCCGAGAUCAAAAUAACGUUCAACACACAACACCAACCGCCCCACACACUGCGCAAAACUUCUCAUCCUCUCUCUCUUUCCUCACAUGACUCGUUCCUUCAGGUUCCUUGGCGCCGGAAAUCCGUCGGCGACCACCACAACGGCCAACACGGACUCGUCGGAGCCACCAGCAGCUUUGGACUCAGACUUCGUGGUCAUACUAGCUGCACUUCUCUGCGCUUUGAUUUGUGUUCUCGGACUCAUAGCCGUGGCCCGCUGCGGCUGGCUUCGUCGGCUUUCCUCUACGGCUAAUUCGCAAACUCCGCCUCCGCCUUCUCUUCCUUCAUCUGCAAACAAAGGUCUGAAGAAGAAGGUACUCCGGUCACUUCCUAAAGAGACUUUCUCUGCUGAUUUCACCGCCAAAUUCUCCGAUUGCGCCAUUUGUCUGGCGGAAUUUACAGCCGGAGAUGAAAUCCGAGUGUUGCCUCAGUGCGGUCACGGAUUCCACGUGAACUGUAUCGACACGUGGCUGGGGUCUCACUCGUCCUGUCCAUCAUGCCGUCAGAUUUUGGUGGUGGCUAGGUGUCAAAAGUGCGGCGGUUUGCCGGCAAGUUCCAGCAGCGGAGCUGAAAGCGAGGCAAGAUUGAAAGAAAGAGAAGAUGAUGCCAAUAGGUGCCGAAGUUGAGGUAAUUUAACUGCGAAGAAGUACGAUGAAUGGAGAGAUGGGCAAUUUCUCUUGGAUUGAUAAUUACUGGUAGCGAUGGAGAUACUUUUUGUCUCCAUGGCUGACCCAUCCUUCUCAGCUUUUGGAUUGAUGUCCAUAUCCCUUAAUUGUUGUAUUUUAGAUGGUAAUUUUUAAUUAAGAGUGACAGAUAAUUAGAUUUAGAUAGGAAUGGACCACCGAAGGCAGGCAGCUGAACUAGCCAACCAACGGCAGGAGAUGUAUCCAGCAGAGGUGGGUCAGUUGUCACUGGGUUGAGCAGCCACCAGUUGAUUUUUGCGUUGACAAAUGAUUUCGUAUUUAAGCUGUCUUUCUGUAGUGCUCCAGUGGAAAUGACUUGACCGGACGUUUUCAUUUUACUUUAACUGAAAGGAUUAGAUCAAUUAUUGAGCAA